AUGUUGGAUACGAAGUUUGUGUUUUUAUUCAUUUCAGUUUGGCAAGUUAAGGGAGACUGCAUCACAGGAAAAUGUGAAAAGAUCUCUUUCAAGAAGCAACAACAUGCCAAGCUGAACCAAGAGCUUGUUGGCCAUGUUUUCCACAAUUCUGUUACAUCAAACCCAGCUCAGUGCUACUUGUGGUGUAUAAACGACUGUCGAUGUUUGUCGAUAAACUACAAAGUCAAGAACGAAACCAAAUAUUGCGAGUUGAACGAAGGCAACCAUUUUACUGGAAAGAACUCUCUGGUAAACAAUACAGGAUCUAUUUAUUACGUACUGCGAAGGGAAACCUUCACUAAGGUAAUAAAUUUUAUAGUUUUAAGAGUUGUUUUCACGAAUCAUGAUCGCCAGUCUUCGUCCAGCUGGGAUAUGAGACAUCUUUUUUUUGAUAUCUUUUUUUUAAUUUUUAAAUUCUUUUAACUAGAAAUUGACGAUAGACUGCAAAAAAUCACCACAAUUAUAAGCAAUGUGUCGUGAUAAACUUCUUGGCGUUGACAAAGUUGUUCCUCCGCGUGGCUGCUGAUCCUAUCCGCAAAAUUAUUUGUAUGUUCGGUACAUUGUUUAUCUUAGACCUGAGAUAACAGCUACAGAAAAAGACGUUAAAUUUUAAAUGUAUUUGGAGAAACAGAAAACUCAAAAUUUGAAAAAUGACCUCAGUAUUUGUCUUUAGUUACAAGAUACGUACCUCUUUUUUUCGACUCUAAAGGAUGAUGAAAUUUCCUAUUGAAAAAAGUAAUUAUUUUUCGGUUUAUAAAAUAUCAAAGUGGGAUCAAAACAAUUAUCUUAAGCUUCAAAAAAUAUCAAAGGUAUGGGAAAAUUUGUGUUCUCCGUGAAAAUUCGAACGUCACCUAGUUCCGAUCUCGCGGUGAAAUGCUUAAAAAUCUUUGAGAUAAAACUUCUUGACUCUUGCAAGAUAAAAUGUAACUCACUCCUAAAACUCUUGCUUCGCUGAUUUUAGAGAUUAUUUCUCAUUCGGUAAUCUCUCUUGGUAGUUUGAGUAUAACACUGAAGAAAGAUAGUGCAAUGAAAUAUUAAAAAAAACCACCUAGUGUGGGAGAUUUCUGGGAAAUUAAGAGGUAACCUGCUUGCAAGUUUGAUGAUUUUUAUGUUACAUUAAAAAAAAAAGAAUAAUUUGUAUUUUAAUAAAUUUUUGUACAUAAGGCUCCAAACGUUUCAUGUGCCACCGACGUCACAUGUAGCAACGGCUGCUGCGGGAACAAUCCGUGUCUCAAUGGAGGAACCUGCACUGAGAUCUGUCAGCACACAAAUGUUCGGUACAACUGUUUCUGUCCUGUACCGUUUGUCAGUAAACACUGCGAGAUUCAGCUGAGAAGAAGCUGUCAGGAUUAUAAAGCAGCCAGGUUCACCGCCUCUGGAUUGUACACCGUCAAUGAUGACAGAAACCAAACUUUUCAAGUAUUCUGUGAUUUUGAUUCAGAGCCUGGGUUCGCUUGGAACCUGAUUGAGUCAUUCAAUUUGUCCAACAACCAUCUUUUUAAGGUAAUUUUCCUAUGAUUUAAAGCCAUAAAGAAAUAUAUCUUGUUCAUUCUCGUCUACAGAAAUAACGAGGAUGCGAAAAUUAUGUGCCCUCAAAAAUGAAAUGCCUUCAUUUUGAAUAUUUUUCUUCGUAAGUUAAGUUCGUCUGUCUUUUUAGAAGCUUUCGUCACUAAUGAUAUCUUCGAACUAUUCUGUCAACAAAAGAAAUCUUGUUUUAUACAUAAUGACUAUCCAGACUCAAGUACCAUCAGCAGUAAUGCUUCAAAUUGACAAUAGUACGUUAUAAAAAGUUCAGCCUAAUUUUUGUUUCAAGCUGCUAGAAUUUUAAGUUCAUGGAUGUGAUAGUGAUCUUUACCAACUGAAGUUCACAUUUUCUGUCUGCAGCUGAUCGUAUUUUACGAUAAUUACCAAGCCAUCAGCGGUGAUGCCCCAAAUUGGCAAGCAUACCUCAUGAAACGACCCUACCUCCUUUGGCUCAGAGAUCACUCGACUCACUGGAGAGCUACUUGCCGAUACGACACAGAUGGUACCGUACAUACAGAUUACUUGAGAGCCUCGCUUGAAGACUUCGACAUCAUUAGACAGGUACCCAUAGUGACCGAUGACUGUCGACCUUACGAAUAUGUGAACAUCCGGGGAAAUGAGUGUGUGAACUGCACAGCGAGAACCUGGUAUAAAAAAGGGUCUUUACAUCUGGCUAUCGACAGUUCCAAACAGAAUGGCUGUGAUUUCGAUGGAAGCAUUUCAGACCAAGCCGUACACAGCGAGGACAACUUUGGUUUCUAUGACGUGGUCAACCCCAAAUUUCGAUGUACUUCAAGCCAAAAUGCAACGACUCAGUUCUGGAUUGGAGGCAUUUUAUGACUUUCUAAUCCCUGACCCAGUUCCUGUUAAAAAGCAGGAAGUUCACUUGACCCAGGCAGACAUCUAUCCACCUUAAAAAUUUUAUUGCACUUAUAAAGUUAGAGCUCUACAAAAUAUUUAUCUUUGAGGGUAUCUUGGCGGUUAGAUAUAUGGGGGUCGGUAACCUCUCUGACACUGCACAGGAUGAAAUAGCUCAAUUAAGUUGCCUUAAAGUAACUUAAAGGCUAACAUAAGAACAUGAGGUCUCACAGUUGUUUGCGCUAGAGGUUUAAUAACGGCGGUUAGAUAUAUGGGGGUCGGUAACAUCUCAGACACUGCACAGGAUGAAAUAGCUCUAUUAAGUUGCCUUAAAGUAACUUAAAGGCUAACAUAAGAAACAUGAGGUCUCACAGUUGUUUGCGCUAGAGGUUUAGUAACCUUGUAAGUUUGGUAGGAAAUGCAACGGAAUUUAGCAGUUAAAGCUCUGUUUUAUCUUUAAGAUGUGUUCUUCAUUCUAGCUUUUCUUCCCAUACUAGAAAUUGUGCCAUAAACAAUAAAUUCAAGGCUAAACUGCAGAACACAAUAGGCACACUUUCGCACCACCAACCACAGUCGAGAGUUAGUUCAUUAUUUGAAACAAUUUUAGCAAUUACUGUAGAAUUUGUGAGUGGGCUUUAUUGAAAAGCAAUGUAACUUUUAAUAAGUUAAUUGUUGGAUUCUCAGUCUGAAAGUUGUAACUUUGUGUGGAACUGUAAGGAAGAAAUGUACAUGUGUGCCCUUCUAAGUGUGCCAAAGAACUGUUCAUAAUUCUUUAUUGUAGAGAGUUUAAUUUUUUGUGAAGUAAUCAUUAAUUGGUUUUAAUUUUCAUAGUUAAUGAAAAUACAGUCAAAAUACGCUUCCCUCCGAUUGUUGUGCAAAUGGUGCACAAUGACAUGAUGUGUGACAAACUGUAUGACACUUUCCUGCAUAGAUGUUCUUUCAUCAAAAUCGUUCAACUGAGUUUCAACCAUCAUUCUUUUACCACUUCGUUGAGCCAUAAAUGUUUCUUUUUUGCCAGGGAUUGGUCCGGGGAAUAUUUCAUAUGUGGCUUGUUUUAUUUCAGCACUUUAUAUAUUUGCAAAAGAGACACGAGCUCUAAUACAAAGCAAUUGAGGCGGGGAGGGGAAGUUCAUUAAAACGCUAGAUAAAAACUCUAUGAGCAGUUUGUCUGUUUACCUCCUAAAACUGCCUCAAUUACCAGCUUAGAAUUUCGAAAUCAAUGAAACUCUUAUUUGUCCAUCAAAUGACGAAGUUGAAGUUUUGUUACUCACGUUUAUUUUCCUGAAAGUUCAGGGCACAUUGCCCGAACGAAUAAAAAUUUCACUUGAUGUGCAAAUAAAACCCUUUUUCGCGGUGCAAUCGUUCCUUCCCCUUUGCAGUGGUGAUUUCGAUCACUCUGAUUAAAACCUCUGCUAUCAACAUUGAUUGGAGGGAUGUGGACUGACUCGAUCACAUAAAAUACACAAGAUCAUUCCAUAUGGAAUCAAGAACUUAAGUCAAACCUGAGCACUGACAGGAUUUGGAAACCAAACCCUUAUCGGUACUUUCUGUGAACAUCAGUAAAAAAUAGAUGAGCUCCAAGCCACUGGAAUACUGAAUUGAAAGAGUUAGUUAGACCCCAUUCAAACUGCUAUUUCUUUACUUGGACAGAAACAGUACCUAAAAAAAAUUACUAUUUGAGACAGGUAUGGGGAAGGUAAACUUAACUGCAGUAGGUUAAGAAUACUUUUAAGAUCUUUAUUCACAAAGGCUUCGACGUUUUGGCAGAAUAAAAACUGUAUUGUAUACUCACUGGCAUCAAGAGUGAUCCACUAUUUCUCAAGUGAGGUAGAUUAUUGACUUAUCAAAUUUACCUUCACAACGACAAUAUUUCAUGCGGCAAAGUAGCGAUCGUCGUUUACUGUAGCGUUAAAUUUUGUGACAGUGUCAAAAAAUACCAUAGCAAGCGGACCGUGCGAGUUUUAAGAUGGCCGGAGGUUGCAGGAUAACGUGCUUCACCAAUAUAAAUCUUAUUAGCAUGACAAGACGAUCCCGAAAAAUGACGAUUGAAUGUCACAGACGUUAAUUGCAGCACAAAAAUAGAAUAAUAAACACAAUAGUUGCUAAUAGAAUUAGAAAGAAAGGACUGGUAAACUUUAAGUUCCGUCGACGGAUGGGGACUGGUAAUCAACUCUUAGACCUCCCGAUUUUGCGGUAAGAUACUCUACCAUUGAACUUAAAAAAACUGAUCAGCAAAGGCAUGAUUUAGAUGCAAUAAGCUUAAGUGUCCUCUCUACAACUAAGAUCAGUACUGUCCUAUUUAUUUGCACGUUCACUUUCCAUUUGUAGCCAGAAAAGCCUUAUCACGAUCAAGAACGGGAAAAUAACUCACAUAUCUUGCCAAACCAUCAGAGACUCUAGAACUUACUCUCUCGCGGCCACAGCGCAUAUAUAUAUAUUUGACAAGGAGCGUGACUUGCCAAUUACGCUGUCCUUUUCAGCCCUGUCACUUUAAGAUUUGAGUGCCCCAUUCCCGCCUCAUUUGUAGCCUACAUUCAAUUGUAUCAACUUUGAUUCCCUUUUUGUCCAGGGUUAAAUAUUAGUGAACUUGUGACUUGAAGGUAAUGCACUUCUUAUCUCAACUACUGCUGUACCUCUCUCUUUUAAAAUUUAAUAAUUUCCUCAUAUCUUGAUUUUAUAUUAUUGAUUUAAGAAGAAAGUUGGACCUCUCUAGUUAAUGGACUUUGAAAAUGAUACUUCAGAGUCGAACUUGGAAAAAUAUUGAGCUUUUAAGUCGAAACUCUUCAUAUAACAAUUGAUGAAUUAAAGAGGUCCAACGCCGGAAGUCAGAAAAUCAUACGUCAAUAGCCCACAAAACAACUCCGAAAUCAAAUUUCUAAAAUGCGAAGUCUGAGGUCGGAAAUAGAACUCAGAACUCCGAACUGGAAUGUCCGAAAUCUUAAGUCUGAGGUUCGAAAUGGAAAAAUUUUAAAUCGAUAGCCGCAUCACAUGUGAGAUUCAACCUCGUAAAAGCAGAAGUCAGAAUUACUGUUGUGACGACUGAUCCCCCUCUCCGUUCCCCCUGGAAACCAUGUGAUCCCCCUCCCCUCCCUCCGUGGCCUAUAAUUUUCAUUUUCUUCUGGAACCCCCAUCUUGAAGGAAAACAGAACAGCUUUACUUUUAGUUAGCAGAACCUUCGAGAAACAGGCCCUUGGAUACACCGCUGAAUUAUUGAUAGCUAAUAAAAUAUAAUACAGUCGUAAAAUCGUUGUCCAGAAUAUCAACUAACAAAACAUAUGAGAGUGAAACUCUGCCUGACACUUUGGUUUUGCGGUAAUUUAUUUUAAUUUUCUCCGACGUUCUUUGGUCUUUUUCAGUCCAAACAUGACUGAAAAGUGAAUCUGGUUAAUUAGAAAUGCGUCAGUUAAUUUGCAUAUCAAAAGGUUAAACAUCAGUAGAGCUUCCUCGAGUGAUCUGUAUUCAACUCUCAUUAGCACAAGAUACUUUCAGCAAUUAUCAUAACGAUCAAAAAAUAUUCACAAACUUAAAUACGAACCCCAAAUUGUCUACAAAUCCCCAGUAGUUUGCAGGUAUAAAACAUGUUCCCUUUUAAUAAUAAUUAAUUGCGGUUAAUAAUAGUUAUUUAUUUUAAUUGUAGUAGUAGUAAUUGUCUUUGAGAAGCUCCCUCGGAGAAAGUCCAUAAAGGAUGUAUGUAUGUAUGUGUGUAUUAUGAGUUUCGAGUUUCUCAACUUAUCAGAAGCAAAACUAAAACAAAUUAUGACUACCUAUCCUCGUGGAUGUUGAUGUCUCCCCCAAAAGUAUUUCAAAACAGAGAACAUCGAUUGUUUUGAGCUCGAGGUAACAGCUGCAAAAGAUGUUGGAAGAUUUAAAUUAUUGUGCAAAACUGAAAACUUCAAAGAAAAAAAGACAUACUAUUUUUCCCAGUCUGUAUUUCAAGGUCCUCUUUUAUUCGGGUCCUAAAAGUAAACACAUUUCCUUUUUAAAAUUUUUGGAAAUCUUUCGAAUGAUGAAAUACAAAAAUGGAAUCAGACAAUUAACGGAGGAACAUUCAAAUAAAGAAAUCUUCCUGGCAGGUGCAACAGCUUCUCACCAGCGAGGAUAACGUGAAGAUCAUUCGCAGGUCAGAAUAUGACCGAAUUUAUUUCAUAGAGAAACUAUAUAGAAGUUGUCACGAAAAUGGAAAAAUUUGUCGUUUUCUCGAUUCCGUACUAAAACAUUAUUUUUAGAAAACGAGAUUGACCCGUGUAAACUAAAGACAUAAGAAAAUCGAAGAAUCGCUAGAUAUUGUCUUGUUUGUUUUGCCAGCAUUGAGAGGAUACCAAAUUGUAAAAAGUAUUAGGUAUUCAAUAUAACAACCCGGAGAAGAAGCACUUGUUUUUGUUACUUUUCCGAACCUUGAAUAUUCAUCUUGUGAAGUUAUUUUCUGUAAACUCAUUUGAUUGGUUUCUUACACGUUGAUUGACACAUAGGGAUGGGCGAUAUCUUAAAUAAGUAAUCUGCUCAAGAAGGACAUUUUCAGAAACAUCGUUUCCCCAGCUGAGAGUGAAAACGAUAAAAAUGAUGGUUGCAAAGUUUUUUUGUAUACUUAUUUCAGCUUUUAAAGUAAAGGGCUACUGCUCCACCGGAAAAUGUGAAAAGAUCUCUUUUAAUGAGCAAAAAGACGCCGAUCAUGACAAAGAGUUUGUCGGCCAUGUCUUCCACAAGUCUGUCACUUCAAACCCACAGCAGUGCUAUCUGUGGUGUAUCAACGACUGUCGGUGUCUGUCGAUAAACUACAAGGUCAAGAACGACACCAAAUACUGCGAGUUAAACGAAGGCAGCCAUUUUACAAACAAUAUGUCUUUGAUAAACGAUCCAGGAUCCAUUUAUUACAAACUUGGAAGGGAUGAAUUUAAUAAGGUAUAGGUAUAAUAACUUUAUUAUGUCAUAUCAUAUUUUUACUAUGAAUGAUUCCGGAUCUUUAUCUUAAGAUAUUAGGCAUUCGUUGUUUUUAAAACCGAUGAAGCUUCUGCCUAACGAUGAAUUAUAAAAAUAAGUCUGCACUGCGUACGUGUCUAAAGUGCAUAAUGGAAUAAAUGUUUUAUUAGAUAAUUACAUGCUUAGAGCUGUGCUCUCCUUUAGGUCUAUUUGCAAAGUAUGUUGAAUAGAUAAUGGCUGAGUAGGUGUACCAAAGUGUGAUAGUUUUCGAGGAAGUUGUUUGAUAAUCUAUUUAACGAUAAGAUUAGGAGUUGAUCCACAGAAGAGUUUCUCAACUAAUCAAAAGCAAUACUAAAACAAUUUGUGACUACCUAUCCUUGUGGAUACUGAAGUCUUCCCUAAAAGUGUUUUAAAACAGUGAACAUCGAUUGUUUCGAGCUCGAGUUAACAGCUGCAAAAGAUGUUGAGAGAUAAAUAUUAUUGUGCAAAACUAAAACUUCCCAGUCCCUGUUUCAAGAUCCUCUUUUAUUCGGGUCUGGAAAUUAAACACAUUCUUUUUUUCCUUUUAUUUUUAUGAAGAGAUACGAAUCUUUCGAAUGAUGAAAUACAAAAAUAGAAUCAGACAACUGAUGAAGAAAUAUUCAUAUAAAGAACUUUUCCUGCAGGUGCAAGAGCUUCUCUCAAGAGAGGAUAACUUAAAUGGGUCUAAAAUAAAAUUGAAUUUAUUCCGUAAAGAAAAUAUGUUUUAAAAAAAUUGUCACAAGAAUGGAAAAAUCGUUUUCCGAUUCAUUGGUAAAACUGCAACAGUUUUUACCAAACUAGAUUGACCUGAGUAAAGUAGAGACAUAAGAAAAUCAAAGACUAGGUGAUCUCGCUUGUUUAAAUAGUAAAUAUUUGACAUAGAGCACGUAGUAAGCGACUUGAGCACGAAAGAAGUGUAAGGAGAAACACGAGACUUAGGCGAGUGUUUCUUCCUCCUUCUUAAGUCAAAUUCCUCUGGCAUUACUCUUUAUUUUCCAAACAACAUGCAAUAUUUGAUAUGAAAAAAGUGUCGUAACGUGUUAGCCGAUACGUUUCUGGGAUGGAAACAAAGGUUUGAGCAUGCCCCUUUGUAUCUACCGAUACUAUAGGUAAAAGCGUCCGUUUCAGAGUUAGUUAUUAGAGUAAGAAAAUCAGGCUAAAAUCCCAUUCACACCAGCAAAGCGUGCUUGGUUAAAUCAGCUUUAACUGGAUGAAAAUCAGAAACAGAGAACUGAAGAACUGAAUUUUACAUGGUUUUCAUAAAGUCACCAUCACUGUGUUAGAUUUAAGCAUAAAAAAUAUCUGCAAAAACCCACAAAACUAGCAUAGGUUAUCCAACAUGUGUUUUAAACAACACAUUCGCAGUUUUGGAAGGAAGAAAUUUGAAGUUAUGUCUUUAUGCGUGGGAAGUGGUUUUAAGUAAACAUCAUUCUAUAGUGCAAAAUGGAAUAAAUGUAUAAAUCUAUAUGCAUUCUUACAGCUGUGCUGCACUUUAAGUCUAUUUGGAAAGUAUAUUGCAUAGAUAUGAAUGGUUGCGUAGGUUUACCUAAGUGUAGUAGUUUUCAAGCUGUUUGAUAACAACGAUGGUUCAAAAGUUUUUUUGAAUACUCCUUUCAGCUUUUCAAGGAAAGGGCUACUCCAUUGGAAAAUGUGAAAUGAUCUCUUCCGAGUUGUCUGAGCAAAUUGAUCCACGAGAGAGUUUCUCAACACAUCAGAAGCAAAACUAAAACAAAUUAUGACCACUUUUCCUCGUGGAUGCUGAUGUCUUCCCCAAAAGUAUUUCAAAACAAAGAACAUCAUCAUUGGGAGAUUUAAAUUUUUGUACAAAACUGAAAACUUAAAAAUAAACCCUAUCAUUUUUUCCAGUCUGUUUUUAAAGGUCCUCUUUUCUCCGGGUCUUGAAAGUAAACACAUUUCCUUUUUUAAAUUUUUAUGAAAAUAGGUGAAUCUUCCGAAUAAGGAAAUACGAAAAUGGAAUCGCACAACCAACGAAGAAACAUUCAAAUAAAGAACUGUUCCGCAGGUCAAAAAUAUGAUAGAAUUUAAUUCGUAGAGAAACCAUUGAAAACAAAUUGUCACAAAAAUGGAAAAAUCCGUCGUUUUCCCGAUUCCGUGAUAAAACAUGUAGUUGUUUUUACAAAACGAGAUCGACCUGAGUAAAGUAGAGACAUAAAAAAUAAAAAAACUCGUCAGUUUUAGCAAAUAUUUGACAUUAUGUGAUCUCGCUUGUUUGAAUAUUCAAAAAAGGGGUAAUUUUUCGUUCGUUGUAUUGUUUGUUGCAGUCCAAACGUAACUGAUUGGUGAGUCUAGCUGCAAUUAAAUUUCAUAUGCGUCAGCCGAAUUUGCGUAUCAACACGUAUCAAUACGUCUAGCGAUUUGUAUUGACCUCCAACAAGCGGAAACAUUUUCGCAGCUUUUAUAGUAGUAGCUUUGCAAUUUUCCCAUAACAUAGGGGAAAAUUGCUUAGUGGACGCUGUACAUGAUCAUUAAUUUCUGUCAUGUAUGUUUUUUAUUUCUCCAAGUCUUUGUGUUCACCGAAAAAUAUCUCUACAGAUAUAUUAAAGUUCACGAGGCAACCAGGUAGACAAUCAGACAUGAUCACCAAAGUAGCAUUAAAUCAUGCCUGGUCUCUUAUGAGCUGAACUCCAUGAAAAAUUAAUUUGUGGCAAUAAGAUGACGGUGAAGAGAAAUUUGCAUUUUAGUGCACCCGAGGACCUCGUGUUGUGGGUAAAUUGGUGAUUGUUUUUUUUGGUUUGUUUAUUAUCUUUUUUGUUUUACUGACUCAUAUUGGUCAACAGCAUUAAUACAUUAAGCUCCCAUCAAAUUUUGACCAACCUCAGACUGAAUUUAAUUUUUGGGGCCGGUAUUGGAGUUUAAGUUCGGCUUUGAUUCUUCAUCGAUAAUGAAAAGAGUGUACGUUUUUUAACGUUUUGUUGGGUCUCUUUUACUGUAGGGCAAAACCAGGAGAAUAUCAGGUGUUGAUAUUGCUUUUGCAAAACUUAUUGUUCCAAAAAUUUAUCAGAAAUACUUUUGAAUUCCCCACGGGUGAUGUAUGCAGCAAAGCGUAGUGAUCUUGAUAAAAACAAUUGGAAUUGGAAUUGUUUGUUCCUGUUGUGAUGUCCUUUCUAGAAACUGAUUCUUAGAAAGUUUUGCAGAAAUACUUUUGAGUUACCCCCUUGGGUGAUAUAUGCAGCAAAGCGUAGUGAUCUCAAUAAAAACAAUUGGAAAAAUUAAUUGCAUUCCAUGAUGGGCAAACUUCCUGAAAAAUGUUUGUUCCUAUUGUGAUGUCUUUUCCAUAAACUGAUUUGAUUGGUUCCUCACACCUCAAUUAACUUCUAAAGGAAAGGCGAUGUCUAAAUUAGUAAUCUGCUCAAGAAAGACAUCAUGAGAGACAUCGUUUUCUCGAGUGGGGUGUGAAAGGUAAAAUGUUGGAAACGAAGUUUGUGUUUUUAUUCAUUUCAGUUUGGCAAGCUAAGGGAGACUGCCUUACAGGAAAAUGUGAAAAGAUCUCUUUUAAUGAGCAACAACAUGCCAAGCAGAACCAAAAGCUUGUUGGCCGUGUUUUCAACAAUUCUGUUACGUUAAACCCAGCUCAGUGCUACUAAUGGUGUAUAAACGACUGUCGAUGUUUGUCGAUAAACUACAAAGUCAAGAACGAAACCAAAUAUUGCGAGUUGAACGAAGGCAACCAUUUUACUGAAAAUUUUAUCUUUAUCUUUUUUUUAUCUUCUUUUAUUUUUAUCUUUUUAAAUUUUAUCUUCAAUCAUCUUAUCUACGAAAUUAUUUUUAUGUUAAGCUCAUUGUUUAUCUUAAACCCGAGAUAACAGCUGCAGAAAAAGACGUUAAAUUUUUAACGUAUUUUGCUAAACAGAAAACUCAUAAUUUGAAAAAUAACCUUGGUAUUGGUCCUUAGUUGCAAGAUACGUACGUCUUUUAUUCGAGUCUAAAGGAUGAUGAAAUUUUGUAUUGAAAAUAGUAAUGAUUUAUUCGGUUUAAAACAUAUCAAAGUGGGAUUAAAACAAUUAUCUUCAGCUUCAAAAAAUUAUAAAGAUCUAUAGGAAAAUCUGUGUUCUCCGUGAAAAUUCAAACGUCACCUACUUCGCGGUGAAAUGCUGAAAAAUCUUUGAAAUAAAACUUAUUGACUCUUGCAAGAUAAAAUGCAAUUCACUCCUAAAACUCUUGCUUUGCUGAUUUUAGAGAUUAUUUCUCAUUCGGUGAUCUCUCCUGGUAGUCUGAGUAUAACAUUGAACAAAGAUGGUUCGAUGAAAUAUAAAAAACCCUUCUGGUAUGGGAGAUUGCUGGGAAAUUAAGAGGUAAUCUGCUUGCAAGUUUGAUGAUUUUUAUGUUACAUUUAAAAAAAAGAUUAUAAUGAUGAAAUGAAAGAAUAAUUUGUAUUUUAAUAAAUUUUUGUACAUAAGGCUCCCAACGCUCCAUGUACCACUGACGUCACAUGUAGCAACGGCUGCUGCGAGAACAAUCCGUGUCUCAAUGGAGGAACCUGCUCUGAGAUCUGUCAGCCCACAAAUGUUCGGUACAACUGUUCCUGUCCUGUACCGUUUGUUGGUAAACACUGUGAGAUUCAGCUGAGAAGCUGUCAGGAUUAUAAAGCAGCCAGUUUCACCGCCUCUGGAUUGUACACCGUUAUUGAUGACCGAAACCAAACUUUCCAAGUAUUCUGUGAUUUUGAUUCAGAGCCUGGGUUCGCAUGGAACCUGAUUGAGUCAUUCAAUUUGUCCAACAACCACCUUUUUAGGGUAAUUUUGCUCAGAUUUUAAAGCCAUAAAGAAAUAACGAGGAUGCGAAAAUUAAGUUCCCUCAAAAAUGAAAUGCCUUCAUUUUGAAUUUUUUUUCUUCGUAAGUUAAGUUCGUCUCUCUUUUUAGAAGCUUUCGUCACUAAUGAUGUCUUCGAAUAAUUUUGUCAACAAAAGAAGGGUACGUUAUAAAAAGUUCAGCCUAACUUUUGUUUCAAGCUGCAAGAAUCUUAAGUUCAGGAAUAUGUUAGUGAUAUUUACCAACUGAAGUUCACAUUUUCUGUCUGCAGCUGAUCGUAUUUUACGAUGACUACCGAGCCAUCAGCGGUGAUGCCCCAAAUUGGCAGGCCUACCUCAUGGAACGACCCUACCUCCUUUGGCUCAGAAAUCACUCGACUCACUGGAGAGCUACUUGCCGAUACGAGACAGAUGGCACCGUACAUACAGAUUACCUGAGAGCCUCGCUUGAAGACUUCGACAUCAUUAGACAGGUACCCAUAGUGACCGAUGACUGUCGACCUUACGAAUAUGUGAACAUCCGGGGAAAUGAGUGUGUGAAUUGCACAACAAGGACCUGGUGUAAAAAAGGAGCUUAUCAUUUCCAUAUCGACAGUUCCAUACAGAAUGGCUGUGAUUUCGAUGGAAGCAUUUCAGACCGAGCCGUACGCAGCGAGGACAACUUUGGUUUCUAUGACGUGGUCAAUCCUAAAUUUCGAUGUACUUCAAGCCAAAAUGCAACGACUCAGUUCUGGAUUGGAGGCACUUUAUGA